AUGGCUGGCCUUGGUCCGUGUGUGCUGCCAGUGCUCGAAUUCGCCAACGCUCGCGCGCCGGAGCUACAGGCAUUGCAUGAACUCUCGCAACAUAAACAGAUAUCCACUUGCAUUGAUGCGAAGCUCGAAACACAAAAGAAUCAGCGACGUCGUCGAGCCAAUGCCUUCAAGUCGCAUAAAAUACCCCAGCGACUUCGAAUUUUACCCAAAGCUGUUAAAAAUUCGUUACGUUGCCGAAAACACAACCGUCGCCCUCAUAAGUUGCUGCAAGAUCGAGCAACUCCAUCUGUUGCAAAUUUCGAGCGGUCGCUGUGGCUUUCAUCGCAUGUAUGGCAUACAAAACGUAUGAUUAUGACAGACCAAUAUGGCUACAUUUUAGCAUCCCAUCGAGCAGAUAAAAGUAUCUCUGCUGCCUUGGAAGCUCUACGGACCAAGGCAACACUACAUGAUGCCAGUUAUUAUGGAAUUAUUGAGCUCUAUGGACUGCCACAAGUGAUUUUAGAAGCUCUACAGCUCAUUUCAGACCCGGAGGGAUCAGAUUUUCAUGGUCGGCGCUUCUUGGCUGGAGCUGAGGAAGGACGCAGUAUGUUGUAUCAUAAGGGCCAAUUCCCACAAGGUGCAAUUGCACCCGUGACUUUUAUGUGGAGACCAUUGAGACAGGACUAUGAAGGUGGACAGUUUACAUUGCACAAAGACUGGCAGAACACGAAAAGACAAUUGUGGCUCUGGGUACACCCUGCAGCGUACAUGGAAGCGGCAACGGCAAUUGCAACGGCGUGUCUGGAUGUGGGACAUGAUGAUGAAGAAAGCAUUGAGAUGCUUGAUCGACGAGGACAAUUAUGUCGAUUGAAACUGCGGGGGCGACUUGCUGAUGAGCUCGUCACGAGCAUUGCCAGUGGUGAUGGAGAUGAAGGUAGUGGUGAGGAAGAGCAGGAUAAUCAGGAAGAAGACACGUCGGAUCAUGAAGAUAGUUUUGAUGAGAAGCAAACGAGAAUCAAUUGCUGCAAUGGCAAUCGGUUGUAUAUUCUUCGCGAGACAGAAAAGAAGACACAGAUUGAGAAGGAAAAAGACAGCAUUUAUGCCAUUGCGGUGAAAGACCCACGCAUGACACGUUGGAAACAUGGUAACUUCUAUCAUUCUACCGACCGCGCGACAAGCUUUUCACUGCUGAAAGAACCAUCCGCUGAGGCGGUUCCGAAACUUGGCACGGAUCUAAUUGAAAGUCCGUUGUCGGGGCUUAGUCUCUCGUCACUUGGCAAAGACGCGGAGGAGCCCGAGUCUAAAGAGAUUCUCAAGGAAAUACAGACAUUGCUGGCCUGGACGACCAGUACCUCAAAUGCAGUGGUAGCUGACGAAUCUGGCAGUUUAAACUUUCCAAACUCGGUUGGAGAUGGAGAGCGAACAAAGUUUGACGUGGCUAAAGACGACAUUGAUAUGAAUGUGGAACCAAUACCGAACUCGCUGCUGUGGUCAUUGUCCAAGAGGCUUAAAAUUGAAAGCAAUUAUAAGAAAGAUCACAAGCUGAACGAAGAGAUAUACCGUCAGCGAAAGGAGAGUGUGCUUGGCAGUACCUCAUACGAAGUGCGUGCGAAGUCCCAGGCGCUUCAUCUCCUGAUUAUCAAAAAGCGUGAGCCGUACCCUCACACGAGCGGUUGGGACAUCGUUUGUCCUCCAUCUAGUGUGGUGGGAUUGCUGAAGUCGUUGGUUUUUGGUGGUGCCCUGGUCGUAGGACUCGAGGAAGACGCCGCUUUGUGUACGGUGUUGCACCAGCCCAGCUUUCCGUGUGAUUACCCGGAUACUAAAGCUGGGCAUGUCUAUUGGGACUCCCGUGCACGCGACUUAGGCACUGAACAGGCAAAAAAGCCCAAGGCGGUGCGCUACAAUUUUGAGAAACACGGCGUGAAGUCGCCCUUCCGACCACGAUGGGAGCUACUCUUUAAUCUGCAGAAGCAUGAAGGUGAUGCAGAAGACGAGGAGACACAGUCGCUUUGUGUUCUACGCGGAGGGAAGUACACGGAACCCUUUUGCUUUCACCGAUCAAGUAGUACUGCCACCGGACCCGGCGAAAUGACAUCAAUGCCAACAUGUGGUGUCGAGUCUGUCGUGCCUGUAACGAUUCCAACUCUUGUUCGUGUUGUUAUUGUUGUCCCGAGACGUGGCCAUAUUGAUGUCAACGCUAUGCUCUUGGUGCCCUCAGCUGGAGACGUGGAACAGUUCAACAAUAACAAAGAUUGGAAGGGUGUUGACGUUUGUUUGCCAAAGAAGAACAGUGUCAAGAGCUCCAAUACCGAUGAGCGAUCUCUUAUCGGCUACGUGACUUCCUCAAUCUACGAUCGACCCAAAGGCGCUUUCCGUGCCGUUGGCUUUAUCGCCUGCGAGCCACUUCAGCAACUCUAUAUAGCAAACGCAGGUCAGCGAUACCGUAAGCAAGGUUAUUAUGUUCUAGCAAUGCUUCGAUCACCGCACGGUCAAAUGGUUCGCCCUGUGCUCGUCCAAGCCCAAACCUAA